CAACGUCUUAUAGCACAGGUAAAGGGAAAAAUUGCGAAACCGUAAAUUUUUAGUUACAUCAUACAAUAAAAUAUUUUUAAUAAUUGAUAUGACUCGAUUGUCGUGAUGGGUGAACUUUUACUUAUAUACCUACACGUUUGUACGGAACCCUCGGUGCGCGAGCAGUACAUAUGUACUGUACUUCAGACGCUACUGUUUUUAGUAUUUGAGAUGACACUACUUUAACAUAACUUUCGUGCCUGAUUUUGUGAAUAGAUCCGUUUGUAUAUUUCAAAUAUCACAUGUAGGCGUAGGUAUUAUAAAAUAAUGUAAAUAACCCUAACAGUUAGGAUUUUGCUAAUUUAACUUCCCGUGUGCACUCCUUUACAUUACACGUAUUACGAAUAUUACCUUAUCACACCCUAUCGUCGACCUAUGUCGCACAACCACGACCAUUUACGGAAACCCACGACGCAUCCCGAAUCCAGACCUAUACACGCCUGCAAGUGCGAGCGAGACCGAGCACCACCCUUCUCCUCUGCCACUGCCAGUCGCCCGUAUACGCGCAUGAAGCCGCGACGUGAUCUGCGGGAUCAAUACUUUCACAAAAUGGAUGUAGCUAAGAUUAUCGACAUGGUUCAGGAGUACAAAUGUCUGUGGGACCAAAGAGAUGCGAGAUAUCACGCGCGUGACCACCAGAGGACCGCUUGGCGGGAAAUAUCGGAAGAAAUGAAAAUACCUGUUGACGAUUUGAAGAAAAGGUGGAAGGUUUUACGGGACACGUUUGCCAAAGAACUAAAAAAAGCCAUCCAACAAUCCGCCCAAGCUUCAGACACGGAACUUUACUCAAAAUGGCCUCAUUUCAAACGUCUGCUUUUCCUCCAAAAGACUAUACGAUCAUGUAAAGACAGCGUAGCAGAUGUAUGUGAGGUCUCUGUAGAAAAUAGCCAAGAUGAAGAAGCAAGCAAUAACACAGACCCACAGUCACCACACAGCGAAAAUAAAUUUAAAUCCGCAUUAAAACGGAGAAGAGAUUCAACGGAAGAAAGAAAACUAUCGCGGAUUGAAGAAAGCUUUCCUACAAAUGAUCAUGAUGCUCAGUUUUUAAUGAGCCUUUGGCCAUUUUUAAAGGAUGUGCCUAAACAUCGCAAGUUGAUGGUUCGGACUAAAUUACAGCAGGUUCUAAUAGAUGAACAAAAUGAAGUUGCACCUGCCGUUAAGGUCGAAUAUUCUAGCGAUUAUUGAAUUUCGAUCGCUCGAUUUCGUUUUCCCCCUAAUCCCCUUUUAAUAUGCCUUUCAUAAUAUCUCCACUACUAGGCAUAAAAAUUCUACCAAUAUAAUUGAAAACGAGUGGUCAACACCGCUAAAUUCCUAAUUUCUAUCUGUCGUAUUUCAUACAUAGCAUUUCGCUGUUUUGCUCAGAUUUUCGAGUGACGAAAUUGAGCGCUCGAAAUUAAAUCGGUCUUUAAAUGUCAAUCUGAAAUUUGUCAUAAACUCACGAUCUAUUAUUAAAGCACGUUUUAAAGUGGAAAUAUCAUAUAUUUGCUUUUGGUCAAAACAUCACACAUUGCAAAAUAUGAGGUGCAAUGUAAUAUAACUAAUUCUGUUUUGUAUGUCCUAAGUCCUAAUUAAUCCAUGCAAGUAAUUAAGAAUAUCCAUACAGACAUCUAAAAACUAAAAAUACCUUCAUACGUGCGUGAAGAACAACGGCAAAAUCACUAUCAUGUAAUUCUACCUACGUAGAAUAAAAAUAUUUGCCUAAACAAAGUAUUAUUUUUUUAUUUUAUAAUGAAACCUUAUUCAUUAGUCAUGGAUGCAGAAGUCCGUCGGGUUAUUUAAUUAUUAUUAUUGUUUUUAUCUUUUUAGGGUUCCGUAUUUUUUCUUGGUUUUCACCGGCGUACUACUAUGCACGGGCCGAAGGCAAGUGCAUCUCGAGUAACUCUAUGUUUGUUGUGUAGGUUAUUGGUUUGUUGUGUAGCUGGUUAUGCAGACGUAGGGGUAUUUGAGGUUUCAUGUGUGGUUGGGUAUGAGGUGGCCUGUGAAGAUGGUAUCGUUGAGGCAGCGGUUGAAUGUAUUAAGAAUAGAACUACUGCUAUUGGAGGAGGUUGUAUGUGUUCCCCGGGAGUUUUAAGAUCUUGAAAGAUUGGUACCGUAUAUUUAUUAUACGAGUACAUACCCGUACAUAAUUCCAAAAGCAAAGAGUCAAACAAAUCCAGAUGCAUGAUGUAAUUUUAAAGAUAAGUAUGUAAAUUCAUACUUACAAUAACUCUCGAGCGUAGCUUCAAAGCUAGUCUUACGCUCAAUAUAAGCCCAGAUAAUGUGAUCCUGACAUCUGAAAUAACUAAUAUGCAUAAUCAAAGAGAUCUCUUAUGAGCCACUCCUAUACAAUUGAACUCAAUAAUAAAAUAAAUAACCGCAGGGCAGCUUGUGGCGAGCUGUUGGGGGUAACAACUCAACGGACCCGAGUACUUCCGAGAGUCGGUCAAUGUCUCCGUCUCCGGCGCGUCUUCGUCGGUCGGAGUGGACCCCAAGGGGAGUACUCUUAGACCGCGAGCCAGGAACAGAUUUCCAUGAC